AGAGAGCACACUGCUCCGGCACCAGCCGCUGAUGAUCCUGCGUGUCCUGGUGGUGGUCCUUGUCCCAAGGGCGAUCUCAGUAGUGUGGCCUCUGCUCAGUGUCCUGAUGUCUGUAGAGAGAGAGAGGCCCUCAAGCUGGAGCUGGACAAGAUGAAGAAAAUUAACGAGCUGAACCAGGCCAAAUGCGAUCUGUGGUAUUUCAGGUGGAGGAGCUGCAGCAGCAGGUCCAUCAGAAGAGCCAAGAGGUUCAGGAUCUGCAGCAGCAGAGGGAGCAGUGCCUGGCCCUCAAGCACAGAUAUGCAGCGGCCUUUCAGCAGCUCCGGGUGGCCUGUCAGCAGCUCAAGUUUGAAAACUACACCCUGCACGAGCAGUUUGCACCUCAGGGCCUGAUUGGGGACCAGCUGAAGUAUACGGAGGCCCAAACCAAGGUGGCAGCUGACAUUGCUAAGACUGGUCUGAUUGUCACAGACACCCUAUGUAGUGGAGACACCAUGGUGGAUCAGAAGAGCCAGGAGGCUCGUGAUCUUGAGGAGCAGCUGCACCAGUGCCUGACCCACCUGCAGCGCUAUGAAGGGUGCCACCCGCAGCUCCGGGCUGCCUAUGAUCGCCUCAGAGGUGAGCAGGAGGCGCUGCACAGGCAGUUGGUGCUGCAGAGCCAGCACGUGGUCCUGCUGCAGCACAGCGAGGCCCAGGCCAAGAUGGAGGCCCAGAGAACCCACCAGGAAUUGCAGGAGGCGCAGAUGCAAAUCAUGAUGCUCGAAGCAUGUGUCCUGGAGCUGAAGGAGCUCAUGGAGGACGUCUACCGUAAGUGUGUGCUGCUCUCUUCAGAGUCUGACAGCAUUGACGAUUACAAUGCCGUCACUCAGCACCAGAGGGCAUCGAUGAAGGCACAUGCCAUAGAAAAAGAGAAUUGCAUUAGUGUUCUGAAGCAGGAGAAGGAGAUGCAGAUCAAGUUGUCAGCGCGGCAGCAGCUUGGACCAAGACAGGAAAAGAAGGGCUGGUGGAAGUUCUUUGGAUCCCUCCUGAAUACUGCUUAUCAGCCCACUCCAGGGCUCCCGGGAACCCAGGAUGGCAGCACUUCUGACCAACAUGGUAAUCUUCAGGAGGUGAGAAUUGAAGGCUGUGUGGGGCCUGAACAAGGCAAGGCUGCAGAGGCCGCUCCUCAUGAGAAACCCACUGCACAGCUGAUGGAACAGGUCCAGGAAGUGAUACAAGGCAAGCAGCAGCUACAUGUUCUGGUGGCCCAGCCGAACCACCUAGAAGGAGGAGAGGAGCUGAAGCGGGAGCAGGAGGCUACUCAGUUAGACUUGAACACCUUUGAGGACCGAAGCAGCCAAGAAGCCAUGGAACACCUGGAAGGCAUGGGCCAGGAGAAUCUGCCAGGCCAAAUUGAUACCGGCCAGAACCGUCUCAGCUCCUGUGACAAGCCCUGUAUCCCUUUUUACUACAAGGAUUAUGAUAUUGUUAUUAUUUAAAAGCUUCCCGCGGGCCCAGCACUCUCUAUGCAAAGCCAUUUAGAGGCAUUUGGGGUGAGGCCUCCAUUCUAACCAAACACACACAAGUGGUACCUUUUACCUUCUGCAGCAGGGAUGACCCCAGUAGGAAAGCUUAUUUGGGGGCAUCUGUCUGAUGUAUUUCAUUAUCAAUAAAUAGACUAACCAUC